GCAAUUUAACCCACUGCAUUGUGGGAAGGUUGACGAUGCCUCUUCCAUAUGAAUCAUUUUUACGCAAGAAUUUAGAUAACAUAUUUUUCCUCAAGAUUCGGCCUUAGCCUCACAUUGCAGCUUCACGAUGUUGCGCUUCCUGCUGCUGUUCAGCCGGCAGGGGAAGCUGCGACUGCAGAAGUGGUUCACUCCGGUGACUGAGAGAGAGAAAAAGAAGGUGAUCCGGGAAAUGACUCUGAUGGUGCUGGCUCGCCCUCCCCGCUCCUGUAACUUCCUCCACUGGAGGGACCUCAAGAUUGUUUACAAGAGGUAUGCCAGCCUCUACUUCUGCUGUGGUCUGGAGGACCAGGACAAUGAACUGUUGACCUUGGAGGUGCUGCACCGAUAUGUCGAGCUGCUGGACAAAUACUUUGGCAACGUGUGUGAGCUGGACAUCAUCUUUAACUUUGAGAAGGCCUACUUCAUCCUUGAUGAGUUCCUGAUGGGAGGAGAGAUCCUGGAGACCUCCAAGACAGCUGUGGGCAUUGCUAUGGAGGAGGCAGAGACACUACAAGAGACAAUGGAGGAGUAUAUGAGUAAACCGACCUACUGAACCAAUAACAAGGACAUGAGUCGAACCUUAAGACUGAAGAAUCCUUUCCUCAGUUGCCAUAAGUGCCACAACAUUUAACAUAUUAAACUGUAAUACACUCUUCCAUUCAGACAUCACACAUAGUAAUACACUAUUCCAUUCAGACAUCACACAUAUUAAUACUCUUCCAUUCAGACAUCACACAUAGUAAUACGCUCUUCCAUUCAGACAUCACACAUAGUAAUACGCUCUUCCAUUCAGACAUCACACAUAGUAAUACACUAUUCCAUUCAGACAUCACACAUAGUAAUACACUCUUCCAUUCAGACAUCACACAUAGUAAUACACUAUUCCAUUCCGACAUCACACAUAGUAAUACACUAUUCCAUUCAGACAUCACACAUAGUAAUACACUCUUCCAUUCAGACAUCACACAUAUUAAUACACUAUUCCAUUCCGACAUCACACAUAGUAAGUAAUACACUCUUCCAUUCAGACAUCACACAUAUUAAUACACUAUUCCAUUCAGACAUCACACAUAGUAAUACACUAUUCCAUUCAGACAUCACACAUAU